ACAUCACGAAAAAUAUUCAAAACAAGUGAACAACUUCAUUUCCAUUUUUAUUUCUUACAUACUUCACGCGUAACAAAUGGAACACGUCCGUAAGAUUUUUAUUGAUAUUCACUUUUUUGAAUCCUGUCGUGUAACUAAUAAAGUGUCCUCGUAAUUUACGCUCGUGAGAAACGGAAGAACAUUGUCGUUCGUCUACUAACGUGAUCGUUCACAUUGAAAUUCGAAAUACUGUAAAUUUAUUGAAAACAGAAUCUGAAUUGCUAUUGCAAACUCGUCGGGAAAUGUAAAACCUUUAAGAUAAACCGUUACAUAUAUUGUAUGAUUGUCGAUUGUAAAUUGUAAUUCUACUUGUGAAUAAUUUUGUUUGAAUGUCUAAAAAAAAGAUGUGUACUUCCUAAAAGGAAAUCGGUGAGCGAACUCGUUUCAAUGGCUUUGUGAAGCGCACAGCGCACAGUUCCGAAGGGCGCGGGAUAGGUUCACCUUAUCGUCAUUUCAAGAUUUGCGCGGAAAAUCCUCUCUGGUAUAUUCGCUGAUGCGAUGAACGAGAUUCUCUCGUCAUAACUUUUCUUUGGGAGAAACACAGAUCUUUAGAAAGGCUUUCAACAUGCAGUCUCUCCCGCGAAUACUGAAAAUGUUGCGGGAAAAUAGCAACAUCAAGGAAAAACGCGAGGCUUUAACCUACAUUCGCAGCAAUAGCAGAAAAUUAGAAUCUACAAAGGGUAUUAAGGAGGAACAAUACAAAGAAUUGUGUAAACUAAUUGUAGAUGCGUUUGCAUAUGGAAAUAAUGAUAUACAAAAUGAAGCAUAUGAAACGUUAAAUGUGGUCAUUCGAGAGUUUAAAGACCAUACUCUGAAUCUAUUUGAAGCAAUGUCACAAAUAAGUCAGAAGCAUAGAUUAAAAAUUCUUAAAUUAUUAGAGGUAGUUGAAGAGAAUGCUGUAUCAACAUUCGCUAAUGACCCACACGCUGUAAACAUUUUUAAUAAUUGUCUAUGUACAAUACAAACAAAUACAAUGCCCUGGAUAGCACCAACUGCUUGUGUAGACAAUAUUCAGGCACUAAUAGAAGCUGAGAGCAAACAAUUAUCAGAAGACCAAAGAUUACAAGAGGAAACAAUUAAUUAUUGUAUAACUUUCUUAAGGAGAUUGUAUAAAAUCGCUGAAAUAACAUCAGACAUCAAAACUCAAAGGUUUAAUGCGCUAUUGAUGGAUAAAGUAGUACUGUUAGCUUAUAUGGGUCAUAAAAGACAAAGAGGUCCUGCUUUGAAACUUCUGCAACAAGCUCUAGCUACAGAUAUAGUGACACACGUUCAUACUAAAUUACCGAACGUAUGGAAUCAAUAUGUGGCAGCGUUGCAAUCUACGUAUUGGAAACGUAUGUUACUUUUAGUAUCUGCUUGUGAAUUAGAUUGGGCCACGCAAUGGAAUAUUAGCAUUCAGUUUCUUGGUAUGCAUCUUCACCGUGGUGCUAGUUUAAUAAAUAAUUUGCUAAGUGUCGAGGAGAAGGCGUUUAAAUCGACAGACACAAUUAUACGCAGACAAGCGUUUCUUUCAUGGAAGUUACUAGCCGACAAUUUCGCUCUAGACCCACAAGAGCUUGCCACUCCUAGACGGAUAAAAUUAUUGUGCAUCCCGUUGAAUGCUAAGAACAGUAAAACCGAGUCGAUAGCAUUAACGAAAUUGGAAGUCUGGUGGCAUGUAAUUAUUAAACUUUAUAAGGACAUCGCUAAAUGUGUAAAUCCUGUAAUUACACAGUUCUUGAACUUUUGUUUUGGACCUCUCGGAGACACACCGUUUUUGUCCUCAAAAUUUGACAUAAUUGCCUCGCCAGGAAAGAGAUUCUUUAAAACGAAACUCGUUGCUGUUGACGCUUUAUGCCAGCUCCUUGUCACAAAACAAGAGAACGCAGUGUUUUCUGCAAUUUUGGAAGAACGACUCCCGCAUUCUAUAACUGAUGCCGUCUUCCAACAAUGCUAUCAGAGCAUUAUUCACAGUGUCGGAGAAGCUCUGCUUGUCCUCAGCCAACUCACAGAUGCAGAGAUGAAAAACAGAUAUCAGCUUGGUAAAAUAUUGUGGACGAGUUUAGUUAACUACAUGCAAGAAUCGAAAAUGGAAGACAAAGGAGUUAUGUACAAGAACAUAGUAUCAGUGAUCACGGAGUUAACAAAUUACGCUGGGAAUAAACCAAUGAUCAAAAAUUUAAUAUUGGACUUAAUCUUAUUCGAAAUUACCGACCUGAGUAAGAAUUUUAAUUUUCAAGAUGACACAUUGUCGGGAUUACUUUUCAAGUUUCUUCAAACUCCUUCAAUCAUGAACGAAACGGAUAAAGAACAUUAUGGUGCAUUAAAACGUCUACUUUGGCAUUGUAUCAAAUCUCAAACGGAGAAUGUGUAUUAUGCGCAUGCAUUUACUUGUCUGAAGAAAAUGAAUUAUACUCUACAUGAAUCGUGUGCGGCCGUUAAAAAGGAAACUGUUCUUGAACUGUGGCAUAUUUUGGCUGACGUGUUAGGGAAGUAUAUGAGCGAUAUACAAGAAAUUAACGAAGGAACCACUGCAGAUCAUAAUUUAAAUACUGUUGAAUCCAUAGUAGCGUUCCCAUUCGCUCAUUUAUGUACAGAUGAUCCAGAAAAAAUUCAAGAAAUAUCGAAAGCUUGGAAACACUUGUACAAACAAUUCGAAAUGCGAACAGAUCUUAUGUCAAGCGUGAAAUCUAACGAGAUAUUAUUGAAUAUUGCAAGUAAAAUGCAAGACUGUUUGAGAAAAAAUGGCAAAUCUUCCUCUCUUAUCAUACAAUGUUUGGAUGUUCUAUUAAGUACCAUCAACUACAAACUGUUGCUGGCGUACACGGAAGUUCCAUCGAUUGCGCAUCUUCUUGUGGAGCUUAUAAUAUAUUUCUUACAUAAUAGUAAGAGUAACGAAUGUGAAUUUGCGAUUAAAGCUUUGUCAUCAGUAAUUAUCAGUAUUUAUGUCCAAAGUAUGGAAAAAGUACUUCCUUAUUUGCACGUGUGUAAACCUGCAAUAGAGUCCAUGCUCCAAACGACGUUAGAAGAGUUGCACAAAGAAGUGAAAAAUACGUGGGAAACUGUACUUAUUGUCUUCAAAGGUCUUGAUAAAGAAAUAAAUUCCGAUCUUAUUUUAUUAUACAAGAAAGCAAUUAUCCAAGCACUGAAUCAUCCAUACGUUGAGAUACAAAGUCAAACACUAGACUGGUACAGUGAUUUAUACGAAUCGCGAAACAUUCUAGGUAAUGGUAGGAAAUUACUGUUGGAAGAUAUAGAGAAAGUGGGCAAUUGGACACGUGGACAAUUCAUGAGUAAAUAUGAAGUCAACGGGAAGAAAAAGAAUCAAGUCGAAAAACCAGCUGAUUCAGUGAAGAUAGUUAGCAGCUUACAAAAAUCUACUAGUCAGAAAUCAACAGUCAAAGAAAGUGACAAGAAGACAUCGGUUGAUACAAAAAGAAUAUCAAUUGAUUCUGACUCUCAGGAUUAUGUCCUGAUUAAGACAGAUUUGAAAUUCGAUGUAAAUCGUUUAACGGAGCAUCAAAAGGAAUCUCUUAAACGUAGAAGGGAAGACAUACAAGCGAUAUAUACCGAUUUGUCACAGUCGUCUUCACAAGAUACUGAAAAUCUGCAAGAAUGGUUCGACAAGAAGAGUAAAAGUUUAGAGGAAACAGAAAAAGGACAGAAUAAGAAAGAAAACUCUUCGAUAAAAAGCAUAUUGGACGACGAUGCAAACAAAGAAAACAAGAUCGAGGCGAAAGAAUUAGAAAUGAUCAGUAGACCGAUUGAACAUGAUACGAAGCCGGUAGAAAGCGUUGGACAAAAUUCGACGUUAGAAAUUGUACAGAAAGUAAAAAGUAGUGUAGACCAUAAUGAAAAUUCAACUAGAGGAAGUCAGGUGGUAAUUGCCGACAAGACCACCUUUGACAUCGCUGAAACGAAACCGUCAGCAGAUUUCGUGACAAAAGACGUGAAAUCCACCAAUCAGGAGGAAUCUUCAGAAAACAGAGAAGACCAAAGACUAUCUCCGUCUAUGUUAGAUAGUGGUAAACGACGUAGCCGUUAUAGUUUUCCUGGGAGAUCUAAUACUUUAGCAAAAUCAGAGGAUGUUGCUAGCAGUCAACCAGGACAAUCAAGUACUGCUCAAACCUUGCAAAGAACAAGGACGAAAGCGAUGCGAAGCCAAUUUGAAAAUCUAAUAAGGAUUAACAAGCAACAGUCUUUGGAUAACGUAGAAAAUAAAUUGGCCAAAGAGGAUAAAAGAGGUACUAAACGUAGAUCAGUUUUGGAAGACGAAACUGAAGGACCUGUCCACCGCCAACGAAGGAAAAUUACUCAGUUGGACCCGAUCAGCGAUGACGACAGUGUUAAGUCCGCGGAACAAGAUAGUGCACCAUUCAAUUUAGAAGACAUGAGUCAAGUCGACAAACGUACAAGAAAGGAGAUGCACCGUUUACGUAUAAAUAUGAUAUUUGACAGUCCCUUAUCAACCUGCCGUCGAUCAAAGGCUCACGAAGACAACACUAGAGAAGUCACUCCCAAGAGGCAAUCUCCGGAAUUGAAGAAUUCUAGAUCGAAGAUUCCAGAGCCAAAGGGCAAAAGCAGUAAACCGGCUAGAAUGAAGAAACCAGAUAAAACUACAGAGGUAAAAAAAGUUGACGACGUAAAAAAAUCUUCGCCGAAUAAGAAGAACGAAACAGAUGAGGCGAGAAGCGAAGAGAGCAAUUCAUCAGAUAGUAAAUCAAGUAAUCGCACACAAGAGACAGAUAUUGAAUCUGGGCUUGCCGAUGAAAACAUUCAAAUCGAGAAUGACACGGAAGAUAUAAUAGAAGAUUCUCAAUUACUCAAACUGGACAAGAAUAGAAUAUGUAAUAUAAAUAAAGUACAACAAAAUGUUGACAUUAGUAAAACCGAGAGCGCGAAGGAAGCUUUAAAAAGUAAUGACAUGUUAGAAACGGAAGCAGAAGAGAAACGGGAUGAUGAAAAUGUUCAGGAAGAAAAGAUCUCAAAAAUGAUACAUGAUGAUAAAUCUAAGGAUAACGGUAAAACGGUCAGUAAUGAUAAACUGAGUAAUGUAAUCGAAGACAUAAAUGAGGACAUAUCCAAAGAAAGUCAAACUCAAUCUCAGGCUGAUACGAAAGAUAUUAUAGAAAGUUCUCAAGAAUUAUCCGGAACAGACAAGAAAUCUAACGAUGUGCAGUGCAUGAUUAAAACUCGUAAAGUUGAGCACACUUCUCCCUCAGCGAGAACUAACGAAACUGUUGUCGAAGAUCGCGAAAUAACUGACAUUGAUUUGAAUUGUGAUAAUGACAAUAACGAAGUUCCUAGAAAUAGUGUUAAGGCAUUUGAUGAGGUCAAUGAAGUCUGUACCGUGGAACCAAAGAUUUCGACUCACGUCAUCGAGACCAGUCCGUGUGAUAAUGAAAAAGAUGUUGCACCUGAAACGCAAAAGAUAAACGACCCAUCGACGUCUAAGAUAUCACUCGACUUCCCGUCGCCUAAGAGUAACGUUAAGCGUCAGAUGAAAUUUAAACCUUAUUCAGGGCAAGGACGCGCGGCUCACAUGCUUGGAUUGGUAACGAAGCAGGCAAGAAUGGAAGCUGAGGCGAACGUUAUAACUUUAGACGACGCACCGCCGGUUAAAAAGACAAAAGGAAAGGAUACUGAGAACGAUACAGUACUUAGUAAAAAAGAACAAGCAACGACGUUGAAGGAAACUGAUAAAGUGACGACAGCAUGUAGUAGCAGACAGGAGAAGAUAUUCAGUAAUAUGAGAUCGGCAGAUUAUUGUUCGUCGCCUUCGAUGAAAUUAUUUUCAAGUUUGAAAAAUGACGGAGAAAAGUUUUUCUCAAAGGACAAAUCGAUCGAUUGUAUACCUUUGCAAACCGAAGCUCAGAUUGACAAAUCGAGCGACGAGACUUCAGCUGAAGCAGUUGAAUUGCCGAUUUUGGAAUGGUCGAGUGCAAACCCACCUUCGUUAACUGCGUCUCCAAGCGCAAGCAUAUUGAAACGUCAACGUCAAUCUUUCCCAGAACCGGAUCCGGAGUCUACAACUCCUAGUAAGAGGAAAAGGGUAAGCUUCGCGGAUCCUCCAGUUUCAAAGGAAAUGGGAUACGAGACCACUGAGUCACCUCAUAAAUCUAAUAAAUUUGCUUCACGUAGUCUUUUGAUGCGUAAAGAUUCACCGUUCAGAUUGAAACAUACUAAACACAGAAUGAUGUCAAUCGACUUAGACAAACUGGACAACACUGAGGAUGUUGAUCCGGCGAGUACGACCGAGGUCGAUUUACAGUGUGAAAGAGAAAAUGAAAUGUUAACAAAAAUAGCUGAAGAAUUAGAAUACACGGAGUGCGUUAUGGACACACAGACAUUGUGCGGCGCUACAGAAAAUGAAUCUACUUCAGCUAACACACAUCAAAUUAAAAUGGAGAAGUUAAGUGGCGAAUUCCAAGUUACUGAAGGUUUGACAUUUUCUAAACGCGUAGAAGCAACUACAGCGAAAAAGGACGAAAUACUAGAAAUGUCGAGAAAUUCCAAUAGUAGCUUGGAGUGUAACGAGCUGGACGAUUCAAAAACGCAAGAAGACAUAUUUGCUGGAAAACAUACAGAACAUGAUUAUUCUAUGAAAAUAUCAAAAGUCAAUUCUAAUCUUGGUACGGCUGCUGCACAAACUACAACUGUUGCUAAUUCGAUAAUGUUGGAUUCUCUGAAAUUCAAUGUUGAAAAUGAGUCCAUAAUAGAACAUUCAUCGGAGAAACGUACGAAUUCUGAGAAUUUAGAGGAUACAGUAGACGCAGCGAAUCUCACUGGAUUGAAUUCUUCAGCAAAUUCUGAUGAAAUUUUCUGCAACAAAUUAAUGAGAACCAGUACACAGACGUCGGAGAAUAUACAAGAUCAAGAUACUCUGCCAGUAACAGAUUCAGUAUUCGCAAGUUUACCUUUAAGUCAAGAGAGCUCGAACGAGUUUAAUGUAGAAAUUCCACACCCUGAAUUAUUAGAUUCCAUUCAUCCAAUAUAUCCGGCUUUAACGUCCUGUAAAAAACCCGUAGCAACUAUCAUUGAUCAUUUAACGUAUCCUCUCUGGGCGCAAAAUUUGUCCGCCCACUUGAUGAACAAAAAUAUUCAGACCAUUGGCGAUCUUGCUCGAUUAUCUGAACGUGAAAUAAAUAGAAUUCCCGUAAAGGGAAAUUCGAAAGUAGAGUUUGUGAAGAGUAUCCUAAAAUGUUUUGAGAAAAUGUGCACUGUAAAAGAAACGACCGAAGAUUCGCGUAGUGACAAAGUUUCUUUUUCUGUAAAUACCAAUGUACCUACAUCCACACCGAAAGAAAUGCUACAAGAUAAUGAAACGCAAAAUAAUUCAGUAAACAACAGCAUACUAGUAAGUCAACCAAGCAGCCAUAUAUUUGAGAGUAUGGUUGUAUCCGAAAAAAAUGCGGCCGAGAUGUCUAAAGACGUCGAUAUCACGGAAUGCAUCCUGCAAGAGCCUGGACCAUCUAAGGCAGUUACCGGUUCUGUAACAGAAAGUGCAGUGAAUUCAUCUACUCCUGUCAGCAAUGCAACUCCAGUAACUCCAAAAACAAAGACUGUUGGAACUUGUACUAGUAGCGAUUCGGUUUACUUUUCGAAGACAGUAGCGAACAAAGCGACAAAAUCUGUGGCAGCGCAGAUGGCCUUGGCAGAUUUAUUGGACGAGAUUGACGUUAACUUGGUAUUAGAAAGUGCAGCAAGGAGAUGCUCUCCAGAGAAACUUCUUCUGCAAUACAAGGAUAAAAUGCGACAUGUGCCACAAGUGGAGUUGGAAACCGAAACCUUGAAGGUAUUAAGUUCUGAAAGGAUAAACUAUAACGAAGUUACGUUGAAGGCGGCAUGUCGUGCUUGUGGAGUGAACAAAGUUUUGUUACGCCUCCCCGACAUUUUUAGUGCCGACAAAGAAUUUUUCGUGAAAGUACUGAAUACCUAUAAAAAAAAAAUUAGGGCCAGUGAUUGCUUGAACAUUCUCGACUUCAACGAGAUUAAGGACGCUGUCUGUGAGAAAUGUACGACAUCGGAGAUUGCGGACAUGUUUUCAAAAAAGUUGCAAGAUGAAGAGCAACAGGGGACAAGGAACUCAAUGACAGAGUUGCCUAUCUUAGAUAGCUAUUUGUUGUUAAAAAGGAUGCCGAUGGACGUGAUUAUUAGUAACACCGUGGCGAACGAUGAGCUGAUACCGUCGGCAGUUGUAUUAGACAUAGCUUUGCAAAACAAUAGCGCGAACGUCAUAGCGCAGGCUCUCAAAUCUCAAUCCCCAUCCGUUAUGAAGACCGUUUUCGAUGCGCUUUGGUCUCCCGAAUUCGCGGCUAAGCACAUGCUGGAAUCUAGCGAAUCCAAGGAGGAUUUGCUAAAGAUCUUCAAGGAAGUUAGCUCAAAAUUAAGCAAAGAAGAUCUUCUACAAGCUUUCUACGAGUCCAUGAAUGCUAAGCUACUGAUAAAGGAAAAGAAGAAUUAAAAUUCGCGAUUGUAUCUAUCAGAAUGAUACACGGUUCUCGUAAAUGUGUAUGAUAUUUAUUAAUAAUAUUAUUUGUAUUCAUAAAUUGAUUCUCCAUAAUACGAUGCGUCACGUGUAUGAUACCAUUCUCCUUUUCAUCAAAUUCUGUAGAGGGAUCGUCAUUUAAUUGCAGACUUUUUUUGUUAAGGGAUCGAAUAUAUUUAUUUCGCAUUGUCUUUUGAAAUGUUGGUUAAAAUUGUAUUGAGUUGGAACUCUUUUCGCAUCAUCUAUCUCACAAAUAUUAUUUCGGAAACUAAUUAAAACAAGGAAACACCUGUUUUUAAUUAAAGAACAGUGUCAGUUUAUCUUAUUUAAACUUUAGUUACUUUAAUUCAAUUUAGUAACGGGUAAAAUUACUUUUAGAAGAGAUUACGCAGUUUACGAAUGGUGUCCAAAAUUACACCGCCUCUACCGUAAUCAAAAUCACCUCAUACGAAACUGUGACUAUACAACUAUAUUAUAUAUAAAGUAGUAGUUAAUAAAAGAAUUGUAAUCAAUUAAUAACUAAGAUACUAUAUAUUAGUUAUUACAUUGUUGUUCAACUGAGCAAAUGAUACAAUAGAGGAUAUCAGUGUUUAUCAAUUGUGCGCUUCUAUAUUAUUAGUGCGAAGCGAAUCAUGCAGAAUAAAAAAUAAAAACUUUGAAUGUUUCGUCAUGAUAUAAACGACUCGUAUGAACACUAAAAUAUUUUGCAUUGGUAUUUUACAAAGGAUAGUAUUUUUUUGCAUAUACAUAAUUGCGUGAAGAGAUGCUUCUUGUAAGUAGAUAUUAAAAAAAGGACAGAAGAUAUUUUCAAAUGUAAAGUGAAAGAACAUCGGAAUGAAAUAAUAAAUUAAUGAAUGCUUCCGAGGUGCAAAUGUUCAGGAACUGAGCUGAGCCAUUGCUAUAAUAGUAUUAAUAUACAGCCCAUUACGUAGAAUAUCUUAUUGCAAGUCGUUGUACUCUCAUCAUUUACCGCUUUCAUUAAACACUACGCUGUUACUUGAAGUAAUUAAAAAAAUAACACCUCAACAUUACCGUAAUUUGUGAAUAUUAAAAAUCGUUGUUAAUAUUUAUGUUAUCGUUGAUCGUUAAUAAUUUCGCGCAUUCGAUGAAUCUCUAAUAUUUGUGUAAAAUAUAAAAGAAAUUUGUUGAACUUAAUUUUUGAACAUUCAAUAAGGAAAGUAUGUGCGUGUGUUGAGAUGUUAUGUAGAUACCUUAAAAACAUGUACAUACGAGGUACGUUGAUAUAUACAUUUCUCCAUAUCAUAUUGUAACAAU